AUGCCGACAGAGACCCAAAAGUCCGCCGGAGGGACAGGACAGGACGCGCUGAGUUCCACCAGUGAGAUUGACAGUGCCGCGAGCUCGCCGUGCCUGCGAAACGCGGCCACCGCCGCGCCAGGUGAAAAGGUCGCAUCGCUCGAGUCCGCGGACGAGUCGGUGCGCGCUUACGACGAGGACGAAAUCGUCCAUACGGUGCCGUGUUCGUGCUAUGGCUGGUCGCAGCAACGCGUCCGCCUCUGCCUCUGCGGGUCCGCGAGCUCGGCUAUUGUGCUGGUGGUGCGGCUUUUGCUCGACUGGUACUCGGGGACGACGUACGUCAUACAUAGCUUUAUUGUGUAUUUUGACAUGAUGCUCAUACACCUAUUUACGUGUUCGCCGUGGCUCUCGGCGAGCGGCGAGGUCGUCACGUAUCUGGCGGUGCUAGCCUUCUACAUUACGAAGCAUAGAAUAUUCGAGCUAAUGGAGACGGUGGCGAUCGCGGCCCUGUGCUCAAUUCAUUUGAUUCGCUCGAGAAACAAACAUCUGGACCACGAGCACGCGCUGCAAGAGGAGCUCACCGCGCUCAAGCACUCGGUCCGAUCCGCGCGCGUGCUGCCCGACAUCGAAUGUGGCGGCCCGCCCGACGCUGCCGACGUGUCGACGGCGUCGAAGCACGCGUCGACGGAGUCGACUCAGUCGAGCAUCGCGCCGCCGCCGCCGCCCUACUCGCUCGCGCCGGCGAAGGCGCGGCGGCGCUGGCGGGAGGACUUCUACGACCACUUCCUGGACGGUGCGGCGGGCGUCAUGUACACGUCGUUCCUCGGACUCAUCUUGGACGACCUGAUCGCUCUCGGGACCGGCAAAUACAAGAAAUGUUGA